GAACUAGAACCAAACUGAAUCAGUUGCAGAUUGCAGAUGUCCUUAUUCCAGUCAUAAAUAUUUUGACAAGCAAGUGGAUGUUAUGCAAUAAAUACAGAAGAGAAAGAGACUAAACAUACUAAGUUAUCAUGUCGCAGAAUAGGGGAAGAAGAGAGAGAAUUAGGAGAGAUAAAAAUGAAAAUGACAAAGAAACGAGAGAGUUGGUCUUCAAAAAAGAAGGACAAGAGUAUGCGCAAGUCGUUAAAAUGCUAGGAAAUGGGAGAGUAGAAACAAACUGUUUUGAUGGAACCAGUAGAUUAGCUUAUAUCAGAGAAGAACAAAGAAAGAAGGCUAAUGUUGGAGAUAUUUUAUUAUUACAAUUAAGGGACUAUCGAGAUGCAAAGGCAGAUGUUAUAUUCGUAUACACCCUUGAAGAGGCCAUCAACCUAAAAGCAUAUGGAGAAUUAACAGAAACUGCCAAGAUCAAUGUGAACGUUAACACUCCUAAAGCUGAAGAUGAUAACAUCACUUACGAUAAUUGUCAUAGUGAUGAAGGAGAGGAUAUAAAAGGGACGCUCUAUCAAAACCAUUUCCGAUGUGCACCAGAAAAAUAAAUAGGUCUUAGCAUAUUUAAAUAUUUAAAAUCCAGGAUAAGGGGGAUUCAAUAAAACACUUCAAGAUCAUUAAGGUAUAAAGAGGUGAUGAUUGUAGUUGAAAAUAAUAACAAAACAAUGAAAUAGAGAAAUGAAUAAUAGACUAUCGAAUCUUAUGUUAACUGGAACAAUCGGAGGAGAUAUACUGCUAUCUUAUACCUCUGCCCAUUUUGGAUAAACCUCUGUGACAGUAUGACCCUCUGGCAAUUUAUGGAAUUCCGGAAAAGUUUGGGAAUCUUAUUUCAAAAAUAUUUUCAUCCCUAUGAUAUAUUUUCCAAAUUGUCAGAAGACAUACUAUUGUAAAUUGGAACUCCUUGUGUUGAACUAUAACCUUCACCUGAUCGAUUUAUGCAAUAUGUGCAUGUUUAUCAAAGAUUUUUGUCCAAAAUAUCAUCAUUAAAGCUGUUUUUAGAUCAAUAAGCAAUCUAUAUAUAUCGCAUGGUCAUGAUAACCAGUUGUAUUGACAUCGAAAUAGCACACAUUAUAUGUUGAAAUUAACACACAUUGUACAGGCCUUGGAGGAAUAACGUAAUUUG